UUAUAAGCUAUUAAUUAAAUUAUCAAGUAGAAUAAUAAACAAGCAACAAGAAAUUCAUACCUUAUUCAAUAGCAGGAAUAAGUUCCUCGAUUAUAGUUAAUCAGUAGGGAAUAAUUUAAUUAGAUUAAGGCUUGGUAAUUAAUUAACUAUUUGAUGAGCAAUUACAUCUACUCUAAUUAUAACUUGAAUGAGAUUUUUAUGAGAGAAAAAAUAUAGCAAGCCCAUGAAAAGAAGAUUUAAAAAAUUAAAGAAAAUUCUAAAGAAGCCAAAAACACCUUCGUUAAUGAGAGGAACUAAAAUAAUUUUUAGCUCAAGAAAAUAAGGAAAAUAAACUUUGACUUUCAUCAAAAAGAGAAGCAAUAAGAGAUCAAUCGCUGCAACUAAAAGCUGCUAUAAAAAUUGUUAGAUAUUUCAAUGCGAAAUCCUUCAAAGCGAUCGCCUGAGAGAGAGCAAAGCCAAGAAUAAAAUUAAGCAGAGCAAAAUCCAAACAAAAACACUGUUAUAGAUUAAGACAAAGUUAACAAUAAAAAUGAAAAAAUAAUACAAAAUAGUGAAUCUCCAGAUAAUUAAAAUUAAUAGGCAAUUCAAUAACAAAAAUCAAUAAUCAGACAGCACAAGUUUUACAUGAAAACAAAACAUAAAAAUGAAGAAAUACACUAGCAAAAUAUAAGAAUAGCUCAAAGAAUUAUAGGAUAAACUCCUAUUGUAGCCAACAACUAGAAGCUCUAUGAAGAUUACAAGAGAUAAUAAGAAUUCAAAAGCAGGAUAGCUCGUUACGAGACUGAUGGCUAACAAGUAAAACUAAAAAGGAUUUAGUACCAUUUUGAUGUAUCAAGAAAAAUAGGUGAAGUAGUUUCAAAAAUUAGUCUUGUAAGGAAUUCAGCUUCUCCCACAUUGAGAUAAACAUAAAAUAAGUUAAAUAAUACAGAAACCAACUAGCCUGUCAAUCAACGUCAAAACACUUAGCAAUCUCCUCAAGCUAAACUUUAGACUGCUCCUAACUCUGAAAGAAUUCACAUAAUAAAAUCUCCUAUAAGAAGUGAUAAAGCAGUAAAAAGAAAUUCAUAAAAUGAUGUACUAGAAUAAUAAAACUCUUAAUAAUCUUCUAAAUCAAAUAUAAAUCUUCCUCCAGCAAUAGCCCAAAUUAAAUUCAACAACCAAAAAACAAUCAUAAGAUAAAAAUCUCCAUCCUUAAAAAAUAAAGAAUAAAACGAAAAAUCUAUUGAAACCCAAUAGUAAAAUUAGCUGAACUCAUAAUAAUAGAAUUAACUAUUACAUUCAUAGUUACACACAGAUUAAACAUUAAGUUAAACAUAACAAUAAAAAAAAUUUUUAGAAACUACAAAAUCUAACAAAAUCAAUGAAACACACUCAUCGCCAAAAAGAAGUGCAAAAAAACUAUCUUAAAGUGAAUAAAAAUUAAACUAAUCCGCCUCUGAAAUAAAUGAAGAUUAAUAUUAUUGCUAAGAAGAUUUUGAUGAAUUUUCUUCUUAAUACAAUAAUAGUAAAUUUGAAUAAACCACAUCAUAAAAUAAAGAAGUUUUGGAAAAGUAAAAAUCAGAAAGUAAAUAUUAUAACAGUUUAUCUCAAAAUGAUGAAAAAGAAUACUAUAAAGAAUUCGACUAAGAAUCUUAAUCUCAUUUUUCGCUUUCUAAAGAAUAAGAGUGA